AUGGAGAUGGAGAAAUACAAGCCAGUGAUGACGUUGGUCCUGCUGCAAUUUACUGUGGCAGGAGUUACACUCUUCACAAAAGCUGCUUUCAUGGAUGGACUCAGUCCCGCCGUUUUCGUUGUUUACCGUCACGCCAUCGCUACGCUCUUCAUCUGUCCCAUCUCUUUCUUCUUUACUUGGAGGAAAGCAAGCAAACCUUCUCUUGGAGUGAGAGGCUUUUGGUGGGUGGCUUUCACAGCUGUUAUUGGUGUGACUGAAUCAGAACGCUUAUUUUUUGCAGGGAUUGACUUGUCUUCUUCAUCCAUGGCUUCUGCCACAACCAAUCUUGUUCCUGCCGUUAAAAUUACAGUUCAUUGUUCUGAUCACUUGUACACUACCUCCUGGACUUGUUUCAUGGCUACCGUGGCCUCUUUCCUUAUGGCUCUCGCGUUAGGAAACACAGACUUACAUUCUUGGGAGCUUGAUUCCUCACUGAAGCUCUCAUGCUGCAUAUACUCUGGACUCCAGUUGGCUGUGCUUUUCUUCCUACAAGCUUGGUGCGUGUCGCGGAAAGGACCUCUUUUCUCUGCACUCUUCAACCCUCUUUCUACGGUCAUUGUCACUUUCUUUGGUGCUUUGUAUUUAAAAGAGAAGACGUACCUCGGAAGCUUGCUGGGGGCUUUGGCUAUCAUCCUUGGACUCUACAUUGUUCUAUGGGGAAAAUCAGAGGACUAUCAAGAAGAAGCAACAGACCUGAAGUUGCAAGAUGAACAUACCAAUCUCUCCCAACUUUUGAUUGGUGAUAAGGCGUUUCGUAGUUCAGAGCUGUUAGAACCUCUUCUCAUGUAA